AUGUCACGAGCGCGCAUCGUUCUCAAUCGCGCACCUUUCAAACAAUCUUGCCAAUCCGCCAGCCGAACCUUCCGCUCUUCCAGCUACCAUGCGCAUCGCGAUGUUCCUCUCCCCCUCCAAUCCCGCAUCCGCUGGUCAUACUUCUGGUACGCCAGCAUACUCGCCCUCGGCAUUACGACUGGCCUAGGUGCUCGCCACUUUGCCGCGCCUCUCGGUCUUCCAGAGCCUGGUUCCAGAGAAGACGAGAUCAUCCUCGACUCUCUGCGGCGCGACAUCGAUGCUCUCGAAAUCGUGCAAUCCUUGCGCUCUCAGUCAUACAACCUGCAUACCGACACAGCGCUCCGGUCAGGACCGGGAAUAACGUCGUCUCCUGGAUCAAGUCGGAAGAUAUCAGCGUACAAAGGGUGGCUCGAGCUGGAUCUGGACUUUGGGAGAGAGAAUGAGGGCAAGAAAGGCAUACUGGGCGUCAUGAGUGGCACGCGGGGAUUGGGUGUGCAAAGAGCAUUCUGGAGUGCCGAGACAAGAGAGAUGGUGGCUGUGGUCUGGAUAGGAGGAGGAAUGAGUGGGUGGCCUGGCGUUGCACAUGGCGGGGCUAUCGCAACCGUUUUCGAAGAGAUCAUGGCGAGGAUGGUCAGAGGGCCAGAUGGCAUUGUGGAACCAGUCCACCGUCCAGACUCUCUCAGCCUAACCUACGCCAAACCAACCUACAGCCUCGACUUCUACGUCCUCCGUGCCUCCUUCUCGAAGCCUGACCUUCCUCAAUCCGAGCCGCCGCCAGAACCCGAAGCGGAACCUACAAAGAGCUGGUUGGGGUGGUUGUCGCCGCAGAAGGACCUGACGAAGAAGACCGACGCGUCGAGACAUAAGCAGGAGAUUGUUGCGACGCUGGAGAGUGUUGGUGGGGACCUUUGUGUUAAGGCCAAGGGCACGUUCAAUGGAAGUAGCCCGGUUGUCUGA